UGUACCAGAGGAGCUUACACUCUAAUGUCCCCUCCCCCACAGUCACAUCAGUCUCUGUACCAGAGGAGCUUACACUCUAAUUCCCAUCAGUCUCUGUACAGAGGAGCUUACACUCUAAUGUCCCCUCCCCCACAGUCCCAUCAGUCUCUGUACAGAGGAGCUUACACUCUAAUGUCCCCUCCCCCACAUCCCAUCAGUCUCUGUACAAAGGAGCUGACACUCUAAUGUCCCCUCCCCCCCAGUCACACACUAUUAUACAUUUAUAUAGCUCUGACAUAAACUG